CAUCGCAGACUUGAUGAAUGCCAAUAGUGAAUAGUUUUGAAAUAUGAAAUGCUCUAUAAAUUGAAUGGCAGACAACAGACUAAAAAUUAAUCUUGCAGAAAUCGUUACAGCGCAAACAGCUCGUGCAUGAGCAUUAAAUAAAAUGGUUAAUUUCUUUAACAAUUGCAAGUGUUUCCGUAUUAUUUGGGAGACAACGUUGGAUAACAAACAACUAUGUUAUAUACUUUAUCUCUUCUGUUUACUUAAUUGUCGCGGGAUAGCCAAUGGCAAGGAAGCAACGCUACAACGUCGCUUCAUGUGGAAGCAAAUGCACUUAGAUAAUUUAGUAGGCAACACUGCCACCAGGCCAUACUCCAUAAAACAUAUGACGUCCGAUCUAGCGCCCAAUGGACACUCAGUGCUGACAAAUAAACUAUUGGACUAUUUACCCUCGGAAACCACUAGGAUAAAAUAUAUCAUCCAUAACCCCACAACAAAGAAACCUAUGAAAAUUAUCAAAAUUCGACCAAGCAAAAAAAUUGUUAAAAUAAUAACGAAGCCAACGAUUACCACCGACUCGAAAACGAUAAAUUCCUACAAAAACACAAUGCCCACGUAUCUCAAUAGUGACCAAAUGGAGAAGAUGGAAAAGGAACAAGAGUUAAUUGCCGAAGGACAAUUAUCAGUUAAAAGCGGCGAUGUUUAUCAACAAAAUCUGCUUUCCGAGAAAGAAAAAUAUUCCGUACAGGCGUCCCAAGAAAUGACAGAUGAACAAAAUUCCUGGUUGCCAGUUUUUGACACUAGUGAAGUAGGUUCCACCUAUUCCCCGCUCAAACCAAAUACACUAAGUCCACUACACACCAGUUUUAUGGCAGAAAGUCUGCCUAAGCCAGAAAAACAGAUUUCUCAUCAAUCGUUAUUGUCCGUUGGAGAGCAAGAUCAACACAAUGAUCAUGAUUACCAAAACCAAAAAAUACAGUCAAAUGGUUAUGAAGUCACUGAACAUAUUGCUGAAGAGUCUAUAGCAAUACCAUUAAUGCAAGGUUCACAUAUUAGUCUUCGAACUACUCCAUCUAAAUUUUCUUUUAUACAACCCACUAUCACUGCGUAUAGAGAUAAGUUUACAUCAACGAUCACACCAAGUACCUUGACGGAGGAGCCACCAAACUACCCAGCCAAUUUCUUAAGGCGUUUUCAGGAACGGUUACAAACGACUACAAUCUUACCAUCUUCAAAUACAGCAAGCUCUGGUCCACCGACGAGAGCAAAACAGCGCAAGAACUCAGAAGAAGUUAACGGCGAUUGGACUCCAAGCAAUAUUAGCAAUCCUAGAGAUGCAUUCAAGUUAAGAGGUCGGUUUCAAAGUUUGCCGUCCCGGGUUAAAAGUGAAAAAUGGCCACCAGAGGUUGCAACCUCGACGUCACAUUUUGCUUCUGAUAAGUUACCAACAUUUGUCAACUAUGGCGAAAUGAGACAUUCAGUAUUAAUUUCUACUACUACAGCCCCAAUAUUAGCAACAGAAAUCAAAGAGCAAGUCACCUCUCCCCCAACUGCCAGAUCGAGGAAAGCACCACCUUCUGCGGCAGUUAAGGUCAGACAAAGUGUCGAAUUACCGCGACUUCAAAGUAACCGAGAACAUAAUCGUGGAUCUAUUAAAUUUGGUGACAAAAUUUUUACGUAAGAAUAGGUUUAGAUUGUACACAAACAAUCUCUUAUCUUUCCUCACAUCUGUUAUGCACAAUGAAUACUCAUUUACUUAGCAAUAGAAACUAAAUAUAAUUAAAGAAAUUUUGUUGUUGUAGUGAUUAUCUAGGCCAUGUUUAGUUAACAAGACGCAAAUUAUUUGAACAAAAUCAUCUAUCUUGAGGCCCGGAAUCGUGCUGUUCCGAAGGGGUCGGACAUUGGGAAAGGAGUGUUGAAAGAUGACUUGGUUUCAUAGAUUAUAGUCAAGA